UCACGCAAUCCUACAUAGACCCAUUCUUGGCUUUUUCUUCACUCAGUCUACAUAAACGUUAUAUAUAAUGACACUGAGAAAUGCAUGCCCUACCCCCACCCAUUAAAAAAACACUUGUCUAACUCCACCUUUCAUUUGAAUUCUCCCUAAGUUAAUUACUUACUUCUUUUUAAGUCAUGGUUUUUUCAAAGGAAGCUAUGGUUUUCCUCUCAACAACUGUUGUUCUUAGUUUCUUUACGGCCACUCUUGGUGGUGCCGCCGUGUAUAAAGUUGGUGAUGCUGAUGGUUGGACGAUAGGUGUUGGUGCUAACGUUGACUACCAUACGUGGGCUGCUUCGAAAAAUUUCAGGGUUGGUGACAUUCUUGUUUUCGAGUACAACAAAACACAAAACAACGUACUACGAGUGAGCCUUCCGGAUUACCAUUCGUGCAACGCUGGAAAUCCCAUCACUUCUUACUCUUCCGGCAACGACUCCAUCACCAUCAAGGGUCCGGGCCACUACUACUAUAUAUGCGGUUUCCCGGGCCACUGCCAGGCCGGACAGAAGCUUGAUGUUAGGGUCCUUAAAGUUUCUAAGCCCACUGAUUCCCCAAGUGGAAGACCAAGCCCAAUCCCAAGCCCAAGCUCAAGCCCAAGUCCAGGUCCUGAAGCAGCCUCAUCUACUACUAGUGGGCAUGUUAUUGCACCUAGCCCAGCAACCAAGAGCAGUGCCUCCUCAUUGUUCUUAAAUAAUGAGCUUGGGUUUUGCUUCACUUUGUUCAUGAUUGUUAUAGGUGCAGGUUAUUUACUUUAUUAAGUGUAUUGGCUUAAUCUGACGUUGUAGUGUAAGGUUUAUGGACUGGAGAAAUUUGGGGAUAUACCCAUUGGUACAUUGCUGAUGUCUUGGGUUUUAAUUUGUGCCUGUAUGGAAAAGAUGAUAGAUUUUAAUUUAUUGAUAGUUAAUUUAUCAGUUUAUCUUAUAUUCGA